AUGGCUCAACGAAAGAUGGCCCGUUUACCUCGGCUAGUUGAAAAGAACAUGUCUAUGUUUAAGGAAACAUACGAGGGAACAUCUUUGCACCUAGCCACACAACUAGGGGACGAGGUAGACGCAAAGAAGAUAAUCGAGCUCUUCCCUUCUCUAGUCAGUUCCACCAACUCGAAAGGUGACACUCCUCUUCAUUUAGCUGCUAUCUUGGGACACACAAACAUCUUGAUUUUGAUGUUAGAGUCCACGAAUCCGCUGCGAAACAAAAACCUAUAUGAUUCAAAAGUUGAAGAAAUGAUGAAUAAAGAUGGCUUGACACCUUUGCAUUGUGCGGCAGUGAAGGGUUCAUUCUUCUUUCGACUCGGUCACACUUGGAAAGAAGGAAACUGUCUUUCAUUUAGCUGCGAGACACAAGAGGAAGGAAGCCUUCAUUUUCAUGGCAAAGAGUGCCGAGUUAGACCAGCUUCUCUACCAGUUCGAUGCAGAGGGAAACACUGUGCUCCAUGUUGCCGCCUACGUAGGCUCUGUUGCCCGGUUGACCUUGUUCACAAGGACGACGAAAAUUUCCUUGAGCUAUCUACCUUUCUGAUGUGUAUUCGGGAGAUAGUAAUUCAACACCCCUCAAGUCGUAGAGAAAUGGGAAGUUUUGAAGUCCAAGUAGUCGACGAAUUAGAGAGGCAGAAGGAGAUUCUAAGAGUUCAAAGUAGAGAUAAUCCAAAGAAACCAUUUGAGAUGCAAUUGGAGGCUAUGCAAAGCGCUAGGAAUACACUCACCAUUGUCGGGGUGUUGAUUGCAUCGGUUACUUUUACAUGCGGUAUAAACCCACCUGGUGGGGUCCAUCAAAGUGGAGACUCCAUAGGGAAAUCAACCGUUGCAAGAACCUUAGCUUUCAUAAUCUUCUCGAUAAGCAAUACCAUCGCGUUGUUUACAUCGGUGUGUAUGGUCAUUCUUCUCCUCAGCAUUAUAGCUUACAGGGAGGAAUCACUCAUGAAAUUCUUGGUCAUAGCUCAUUGUAUGAUGUGGGUGGCUGUCUCAGCCAUGGGAAGUGCUUAUGUCUCCGCGGCAUCGGUAACUUUGCCACAUUGUGGAAAAACCAUAUGGUUACUCUGUGCCAUUAUUGCUAUCGCGAUCUUGACGCUAGGCGGUAUGUUUGUUUAUCUACGGUUUAAGCUGGAUAAAUGCAUUUUAAGGAAGGAUAAAUUUCUUCAGUGCUUGUCUUCCCAACCAGUACGCAAGAAUGGGUCCGUAGAGAUGGCAGCCAAUUUCAUUAAAGGCUAUUACAAUUAUAAUUGA